AUGUCUUUGGCAGAGGUGCGGGAAGAGUUGAAUGAAUUCAAACAACAGCUUGAUUCGAUCAAGCAAAGUUUGAAGGUAACCCCCGAUAACACAGAGUUGCAAACCCUCAAGACUGAAAUCGAAGAAAUCAUUUCCGAAACCAAAAUUUCUAUCGCCGCACUCGAAGCAUCCCAAGCUCCCAAGUAUAAGUCCCCGGCCGAUCAGAUUGAGAAAGAGCAAGUCCCCGCACAAGAGAAACCUAAACAUCACUAUGAUAACUUAACCUAUCACGUCAAUGAAGUUGUUCUUGCCCGCUUCGAGGAUGAUCAUUGCUUCCAUCCCGCUCGCAUCGUCUCUGUUAUGGGCCCGCCCACAAAUCGCAUGUACAUGGUGGUAUUCACGAACUUCUCAGGCAGUCAACAGGUUUCGUCCAAGGAUAUUGCCAAGAACAACAACCACGCUGUCAAGCGCAAGGCCGAUUCGGGUCCCAGCGCUGUGGUCUCCGCGGCACCUGUGCUGUCCCAAACCCAAAAAGCACCUGCCAUCGACGAUCGCCACAAGAAGCGCAAGAUUAAGAACAAUGCGCAGCUCGAAGCUGGAAAGGCUAAGUGGCAGGAUUUCAAUGCUAAGUCCAAGGGCAAGGGCAAGGCUAAGAAGGACAGCAUGUUUCGUACUGGCGAUGGAAUCAACGCGCGCGUUGGAUUUACUGGAUCCGGCCAAGAGAUGCGUAAGGAUCAGAUCCGCACUCGCCACGUCUACAAGGAAGAUCAUCAUGAAUCCGACUAG